AUGAGCCCCGGUCAGUUUCCGCAUCCAAACGGGAUGUCAACCUUUUGGACAGAGGGAGACGGUGACAUCGACAAUAUCAGAUCCACGGAUCACCUUCCAUCUGAGAAUGCGAUUGUGAUUAUUGGAGGCGGCUACAGUGCUGCGUCUCUUCUAACGCAUAUCUUGGACUCAUAUCCAAAGCAUCCCUCAGUGGUAGUGAUCGAGGCCCGUCAGCUUUGUUCGGGAGCCACCGGACGAAAUGGAGGCCAUCUGAAGCCUGAUUUGUAUGCCAGCCCUUCUCGCAUUGGUGAAGUAUUUGGUUCAACAGCUGCAGAGGAGCUUGUGGAAUUCGAAGCGAACAAUGUCCGUGCCGUGAAGAACUUUGUCGAGAAGGAGAAAAUACAAUGUGAGAUGGUGCUCACGCGUGCGACUGAUGUUGUGUUUACCGAGAAGCAAGUUGAAGCCGCCACUAAAGGAAUUCAAAGUCUGCGAGAUGCUGGCGUAAGAGCAUUGGAUGAUGUCUGGUAUACUAGUGGUACUGAAGCUGCAAUGGUUUCAGGUGUGAAGGAUGCAAAAGGUUGCUUCACUUACACCGCAGGUCAUAUCUGGCCAUACAAACUAGUCCAUCACAUGUUCCGCCGCGCUCUCGAGCGAGGUGUGAACAUACAGACAAAUACUCGCGUCGAACAUUUGUCUACAGCGGCCGAUGCGGAUGGUUGGUGGAAGAUAUCCACAAACCGUGGGGUUCUCAAAGCCAAGAAGAUUGUUAUUGCGACCAACGCCUACACACAGGCCUUACUCCCAGAAUACAAGGAUCGCAUCAUUCCGUACCGAGCCGUCAGCUGCCACAUAACGACGCCUAAGCCUGCACCCUUGCUGACCAACACCUAUUCGCUCAAAUUCAGCGAGUGGGACUUUGACUACCUCAUCCCGCGUAAAGAUGGCUCCAUCAUCGUUGGAGGGGCUCGGUCGGCCUACUUCGCAGACAAGGACCAGUGGUACGGAAAUGUCGACGAUAGUACCCUUAUAGAUGGUGUACGGAAAUAUUUCGAUGGAUAUAUGCAACGUCAUUUCCGAGGUUGGGAACAGAGUGACGCUUCAGUCAAAGAGAUCUGGACAGGCAUAAUGGGCUAUUCGUGCGAUAAGGUGCCUCGCUUGGGGCCAAUACCCGGAAAAGAAGGGUUGUUUGUAAUGGGUGGCUGGACGGGUCAUGGCAUGCCCCAGAUAUUUCUCGCAGCUAAAGGUAUGGCCGACAUGGUGGUUGGUGGUGUCUCGUACCAGGAGACGGGACUUCCUCGAAUCUUCGAAGAAACAGAGAUCCGGCUGAAGAAUGGCCCAAACAAGGUGUUAGAUAGCUGGCGUACUUCUACUGGUCGGUCUCGUCUCUAA